AUGGCCUUGCUGUGCUACAGGAAAGGCUGCGGGCAGAGCUUUGACCCAGAGAGGAACAGCCAGGAUGCCUGCCUCCACCACCCGGGCUUUCCCAUCUUCCACGAUGCCUUGAAGGGCUGGUCCUGCUGCAAGAAACGGACGACCGACUUCUCUGAAUUCCUCUCCAUAAAGGGCUGCACGAAAGGCUACCACAGCCACGAGAAGCCUCCAGAGCCGGAGGAGGCCUCUGCCAAGCACAAGCCCUGCACUGAAGACCUUGUUCUGGAGUCAAAGUCUGCUGAGGUGCUGCAGCGGGAGAGGCCCAGUUCCGAUGAGCCCAAGCAGCCGCUGCUGGUGAAGGUGGCCCAGGCACUGCAGCAACUCCUGGAGAAGCUGGACACAUCCUCGGCCACGCAACCUGCCCCGCACGGCUUGGCCAGCCCCGGGGGCACCUCAGAGGCGAGCAUCGGCACGGCCUGCAAAAACGCCGGCUGCCAGGCGGCUUUCCAGGGAGAGGAGAGCAAGAGGGAGACCUGCCUGUUUCACCCAGGGGUGCCCGUCUUCCAUGAGGGCAUGAAAUACUGGAGCUGCUGCGGGAUCAAAACCACAGAUUUUGCCGCAUUCCUGGAGCAGAAGGGCUGCAGCAGAGGGAAGCACACCUGGGUGACGGGGCAGAAGCGGGUCUCUUGUCGACAGGAUUGGCACCAGACCAGCAGCCAAGUGGUGGUGACCCUCUAUGCCAGGACCCCCCUGCCCCACCUCAGCUCCAUCAAGGCCAACCGCACUGUGCUGGACAUCCGGGUAGCCUUUGAGAGAGACAAGAUUUUCCAGGCCCAGCUGGAUCUCUGGGGGGUCAUCAAUGUGGAGAAGAGCUUUGCCAGCCUGUUGCCUUCCAAGGUGGAAAUUGCCCUGAAGAAAGCGAACCCCAUUACCUGGGCUGGGCUCGAGCAGCCACAGAGCCGAGGGGAGGCCUGUCAGCCACCGCCCCAGGAGGAGGCCACAAAAAGCAGCUCUCUGGAAGCCCCCAUGGAUGACUCAGAUGACAGCCUGGGCUGGUCCGAGGAUGAGGGCUGA